AUGAAGACUACUGUUGAGCGGAAAGCAAAACAACGUACCUGCCGUCUCAUCACACUCUGCAGUGAUAACUCCACCUUUGAUUUAAAGGUUCUAAGUGCCAUCAUUGCAUACGCUGCUGCCCUCAUUCCACCAAACACAACGUUAACAUCUAUACAAUCUCAUUCCACAUCAUUGAGAGAUCCACCAUCCACCACAACUGCCUCAACAAUAACAACAACAAAUACAACAAAGGAUGGAAUAGAUGGAGAUCCAAUGAGUACUGUAAUAGCCGCACUAAACGCAGCAUUCGCUGGUUCCUCCACUAUGAAUGGCAGUAAUAGUAACAAUAAUAACACCAUGGCCGCUUCUCCAACAGGAAGAAGUGGAAAAAUGGGAAAAGGUAGUAAGAAGGCAGCAGCCGCAUUAACCGCAGCAACCACCGCCGCCGCAGCAGCAGCAGCGAGUUUAUUACCAAAACUACCUUCUGGUAGUGUAACUUCAACCGAUACAACACGAUCUAUAUUUGCAGGUGGACUAUUACGACAACCAUGUGAUUGGUAUAGUGUUCUGCAGAGUCCACAGUGGGAAGUACCAUUAGUGUUUAUUCACAAACUACCAGAAAUUGAGGUUGGAGAGGAUGAUACUUGUAGUGUAACUGCCUCUAGUCAUCGUGGAAGUUCAUCGGAUUUCUGUACAAAUCUACAAAGAGCCUUACAAAUCAUUACAGAAGAAAUAGAGAAUACAACUGCAGUUCAUGGGAAUCCAACAAUAAUAACAACAACAACGAAUACCGAUACAGAGAGCAUAGGCAAUAAAGAGACAAUAACACCUGGUACAGUAUCUGAGAUAUCCGCAACUACAAUUCCUUCUCCAGUGUAUACAGUAGAAGAAGUAAUACCACCACAACAUCAUCAUAUACCGAAUGAAGAAAUAAAAGGAAAAGAAACUGUUAAAGAUAUUGCAGUGAUAUUGGCAUUACAAGAUCCACGUUUAUUAGCCUUAUUAAUGAAUAAUAGAAAAACAUUAGUGUCCAAUCAUGUGGAUAUACGACUUAUUGUGGAUUUUGUAGAUAGUCAUCCUAAUCAAGGUAUACUUGCUCCUCAAAACCACACGGCAGGAAAUACGAGUGGACCUCAACGUCCUCGUGUGGGUUCAGGAUCUUCUAAACGUACAAAUACACGAGAAAAUCUUGUUAUGACUCCAUCCGGAACUUCAAAAGAAGCGGGUGAUCGUGUAACAAGUUCUCCUAAUAAUAAUAUCAAUACAUUUGAAUUAUGGAUUGAUCGUUAUCAACGUGAAGGACAAAUUACCGUUAUUACUUCUCCCUCUGCAGCCUCUCAUGCAUCUAAUAUUUUGUGUCUUCGUGAAGUAUUGGAUGGAGAGAGUGAAGAUAGAAAAUUAUGGAUUCAUCGAUGUGUACAUGAGGUAUUACCUACUUUACAAUAUAUGGCACGAGAUAUGGCUCAGUAUAAUGAUUGGUUUUCUACUCAAUCUAUACAUCAAUAUCCAAUUACGGUAAGUACGACUACUAAUAAUAAUAAUACAUUACAGCAUGAAGAUAUUUCCAUGUAUAGUGAUCCUAACUUUGCAUCUCAUACACAACAACGAUCACGAACAGCAAUGUUUACUUCUAUUGCUACAUCUGUUCCUGAACGAGAUCCCAUGCGAUCUACGAUAAAAGAAGUAUCUCUUCCCUCACAAAUUGUUGAACAAACACGUCCAUAUAAAGAAGAAAGGUGUUCAUAUUAUCUUCGUGAACGUAAGGUACGUGGUCAAUGGACAUGUGUUUCUGCCGUUCGUGCCCUCGCCGCACAAGUAACCGUAUCAUUAGCAAGACAACAACAACCAAAGAUUGUACAGACAACACUGGAGGAUAAACCACUACAAGAAGCUACAAUUGAUCCAUUAACAGUAUCUGAUAAACAUGUUAAAGAUGUUAGAAAUAUAGAAGAUAAAAAUGCAUCCCUUAUGCAACAAUUACGUCUCUACUCUUCAAGACAAUCCGUUUUAGCCAUAUUAGAUGAUAUGUGUGAAGAAGAAGAUGUGAAUACCUUUUCUAUUGGAGGUGGUGAGAUGGAUAAUAAUAAUAAUACGACUACUACUAACAACACGAAUAAUAAAAGACGUAGUGGUGAACAGCAAAAAAUAUCUACAACAAGCAAAUCAAACACAACAGGAGGAGAAACAGGAACAGAAGUAGGAACAGUAAGACCAUCUUCAUCCUUAUCAGUUCCUAUACAAGAGAAUGAAAAAAUAAAUCGAUUUGAUGUUACCGCAACGUUACCAUUAGAUCAUACAAUGGAUCGUCCCACUUCACCUCCUCACCCAGAUGAGAUUCGUUGGUUAACACGUCAAUUUGUUGGGAAAGGACUUGGUUUAUUUGCCGUUCCUCCUGCAGAAUUAGAUUCAAAUCUUAUGAAAGAUCUCGGUGGUACAACAACCAUAUCAUCUAAUUCCAUUGAACAUUUUCAAGCGGUAAUGCGAAUACGAGAAUUAUUAGAGGAUCCAUUAAAUGGUUUUACAGUUGAAGAAGGUGAAGAUGCUGUGGAUAUGCAUCUCUUACAACUCAUUGAAUCUGAUUUUAAUCGUACGGCAAAGGAAUCACCAUUAGAAUGGGGUCGUGUCUGUGAAUCUGCAGUAACUUCUUUUGGUUCACCUGUAGUGAAAGAGAAAUUACAACGAUCCGUAGAGCGGAGUUUAACCUCACGAGAACGAAGACAUAUCGUUCAACAAGUUUUUCUUCAACGUGCGGCUGCUGAAGCGGGAAUAAGUGAUAUCUUUACACUUGGAAUGAAUGAAAGGACAUCUAGUAAGGGAAAGAAUACUAAGAAGAUGUUAUUAAAUAAUAAUACUGCUACUAUUACUAGUAAUACUGUAGGAGAUGGAGAAAAUGAUAUUACCGGAGCUGCCUCGCGAUCUAUAGAAGAAUUUGUAACGAAACCUGUAGCUAUUCAACGUUUAUAUGAUUUUCAAUCUCGCUUUGGAACUCAUUUAUGCCGUCUUUUACACUGUACGGUACCAGAUCCAAUGGAUACUAUUAAUGGAACUUUCACCGCAUCUUAUUCUCUUCAAGCAGAGAAUGUUUAUCCACCAAAGCGAGUGACAUCUGUAAUGUUGGGUGGAGUACCCGUUCCACCAAAACGAGAGGUUCAACGUGUUUGGUGUCAUUAUGUGAGUGGUGUACCCUCACUGGAUCAAUUUAAUGAACUUGUGGCUUCUGAAACCGCUAUUGCUUCUCAUAUGAAUAGUAUAGAUAUGAAAGGAAAAGGAGGAUCUCUUCCGCCUCCAUCAUCAUCAAUAGCAACAGCAUCAACAACAACAACAACAACAACUGUACCAGUAUUCGUACAACCUACACAAACAACAAGAAGAGCCACAGUAACAGGAACAGGAACAGGAAAUACUUCAACUGGAUGGGGUGGUUCUAUUGGAGAUCUUUUACGUCGACAAUUACUUCGUCAUUUACGAAAUUCAUCCCAGUUGUUGGUACCAACAGGAGAAGAAACGGAAAAGAUGGGUAAUGUGUGUAGUUCUGAAGGGAAGGCACAAACUAUAUUAGAAGGUCGUCAUGCACUCUAUCCAUAUGAUGAUAGUAUUGUAGAGGUUGUUACCACUGAUAGAUCUCGUAUGUGUCGCUAUGUAAAAUCUAGUGAGAUAAACUGUGUAUUACAUUAUAGUAUUCCUUCUCCUUCUGUUCUUUCAGCUCCUUCUACUGUACCUAUCAGUUUUGCAGGUUCUUUUCCAUUGGGACCAUCAACGCGAAAACGAUUGAAUGAAGAGACUAUAUACUUUACAACAUCCUUUGAUGAUGGUGUGGUUCUCACCUGUACUCAACGUGUCGUCUCACCUUCCUUAACGGUGGACAAUAAUGCGAUGACUAUGAGUAGUGAAAAAGAUAAUGUUAGUAAUAUCUCUACAAAAAGUGUGACUUCACGACGUGGUAAACUCUCCUCAAGAGGUGGAAAAUCUCAAACAGGAACUUCUACUGGAUUUGCAGAUGAAAACCAAGCCGGUGGACGUCGUCUUGGUAGACGAUAUAAUAAAGGUAAAAACCGUGAUGAUGGAGGAGAAGCCCUCGCAGCCUCCGCAGCGGCUAUAUCAAUGCGACCAGAUGAACCUCCACGACCUUUUCCAGUUGCCCAAGAUGGAUCUAUUCUUCUUUGGAGUCUAGCCACACCAAAUGUAGCUAGUGAUACGAUGAGUUCUCAACCAGGAACCACUAAUGUCCCAUCCUCCGCUGGUAUUUCACGAGGUAUUCCAAAACUUGCUGUUACUAUUGCGGCAAAUGGGUUUACUAUACAUACUGAAGAAUAUGAGGCGGUAUUAUGGAUUACACAUUAUGAAUCUAGUAUCUUUUCAACACCAGAGUUAAUGCGUUGUGUGCAUUCAGGUGAAACCAAUGCAAGUUGGGGGGAUACUAUAGAAGUGGAAGUACGUCGUGCGGUGUUAGAAGAAGUUGGAGCUCUUUGUAGAUAUUUCCAAUCUGGUGCCACACAAACAUUAUAUCCAGAUGGAUCUGUUUUAACGCGUUAUCCAGUUCCAAAUAUGGAUGUAAAUAGUUUACAGGUACAAGUGGAAACACUUACGACAGCCUCCGGUGAAUGUUAUGUUCGUCAAUUAUGUGAAGGAGAAGUUAGUAGUUUUUCGCAUCUUAAGGCCAAUAAGAUUGAAUCACGAAUGACAUUUGAUCGUGGUAAUAAUUGUCGCAUUUUAUCAAGAGAGGAUAGAGUCACAGUUGUGUAUUAUUACCACCGAAAUCAUAAUAAGUUCAACAGUAAAAAGCCAAGUAGUAGUGUUGAAGUAUCCGGUAUUUCAAAUAGCAACAAUGAAAAUCAACAAGAUAAUCUUGAUUAUAUGGAUAUUCAAGGAGAAAAUAUAAAUGAUGAAAUUCCAUUUGGUGUUUCUUCUAAUAUUAUUGCUCGAGUGACAUUACAUGCAGAUGGUACUUGUAUUACUUCCUUUUCUACUGGUGAGGAAUUCUUUGAUCCUAAUAACGCACCAGCACCUUUACGGCCAUUAUUAGAACAUGUGCAGGUGGUGGAAGCCGCAUGUGGAGCUCCUGUACGGUAUUGUGUAGAAGCCCCAUCAUUACCACGUAUCUUUGUCUGUGCAUCAGCAGCAGAUGAAAUAAAUAAGGAAAAUCAAGAAAAUCCUUCAUCUAUCUCUGGUGUUGGAGUUGGAGUUGUUGCUGGUGGUGGUGCUGGUAAUAAUAAUAAUAAAGGAGAAGCGGGAGGAGAAACGAUGGUGACGGGGGUUUCAGAUGUUGUUUCUGAAAUUUCUGCCUCUAUGCCUCCCUCUCAUCAUAAUACUACGAAUGCUAAUGCUAAUACUGCUAAAACUAAUACGAAUACUAAUGCUAAUACAGGGAAAGUCCAUCCACACAUUGAUCAUCCUGUUAUACUUUCUCCACUUUCCGAUACUCCCACUUCUGUAUUUGCCGCUGCCGUACGAGAGGAAUUAAUGCCCCAACGUAAAACAGUAUAUGAUCGUUUUUAUAUUGUAUUUGGUGAUGGAUCUGUAUUAAGACGUCGAGUUACUUAUCACGGUACACGUGGUCCACCAAUACCAUUUUUAGAAACUCUCUUCACACGACCUACAGAAUCUUCUAUUCGUAUUAUACAUGAGUCUGGCCUUGCGAUAGUGGAACCAGCAGAAGCUGCACGUCGUAAUUCCCAAUCACCAGCAUCUCUUGCUAUUGGAGAAGGAUUUGCCAUGUUUGAUUUAACUUUAGGUGGAAUGCGACUGGUAGAUUAUCAACAUCAUAUCACGGAAGUACGGGAUCUUUUCUCUUCAGGUUCCAUCUAUGCACAUAUUAAACCCUCUUCAUUGGAAGAAUUACUUCGACAACUUGUAUUACCAACAUAUACCCCACAUGCUGUUCCUAAAGCACGAAAAGAAGCGAUGAAAGCAGAAGAAUUAGCUACAGAAUCACAAAGUCGUAAAGAUCGUGCAUCUGGUAUUUGUCCACCAUUAAUGAAUCGUCUACGUGAACUCGCGGAGAGUUUUAUUAUUGCUCAUGAACUUCUUCGUGUGGAUAUUCUUAAUUCAGCUAAACGUCAAUGGGAAAUGAAUCGAACUACUGGAAAUAAAAGAAAAAUAACACUUUCUAAUUCUGUUAAUGCAUGUUGGGGAGGAUUAUCAUCUCUUAUGGGAACUUCAGAAGGAGCAUCACUACAACGAGCUUUUGCUUCACUUAAUAUGCCUUCUUUAGAUACCGCCGCUGCUGCUUUACCACCAAUGGGAAUUACACCUUUAUUCUUUUCAGAACUUGAGAAUGGUGUGGUGGUUCAGUAUCUACAUGAACGGGAUGUGGAAGAGUAUAUGCGUAGUAAAGAUGCUGAACCUUUUCCUGUUUUCUUAUCCCACAGUACAGCCUCUGGUGAACCAGGUGUACAACAAUUAACAUUCUUUCGUGUAGAAGCCGCUAAUGGGACUAUAUCUAAUCCAUCCAUGGCAGACUUUUCACGACAGUACCGUGGCUCUAAAUCUCCAUCCUCAGCAUUUCUGCAUACUAACUACAGUAGAACAGGAGAAUCGAAAAAUACGGUGGUGUCUGGUUCUUUACUUGGUAUUGCCGUUCAAAAACAAAAUCAAUUGGCCUUUUUUCCAGGGAAACCAACACCCUUUCCAACCACUCGUUGGCUUCCACCAACCAUGCAACCACCACGGCGUUUUCUUGAACCAAAUCUCACGACUCAGCGUGAUGGAAAUACUGGCGGUCUUGUAGUGGUUGGGAAUAUCACUCAAGAAGAGAGUAAUGGUGGACUUUCACCAUCUUCCUAUGAACGUCUUCGUGUAUUUUUAAAGUUUACAGAAGCCACACGAGUGGCUCAGCAAGUGGUGUUAUUAGGAGAGACAAUGCGAUAUAAACAGUUGGCAUCUCUGGUCACAUAUCAAAAAGCUAUGCAUGACAGUUCAUCUAAAACUCUGCAUGAGGCAGAGGAAGAGCAACAACGUCUUCGUGAAAAGUACUUUGCAGUGUCUACAUGA